GAAAAGUCUCAGGCAUUAUUUUCUUUCAAUUAUAAAAUACCUCACAGAAAAACUUAACAUGAACACAUACAUGUGAUUAACCCGAUCAGCUCAUUCCUGGUCUUCGACACGAACCUGGAAGGAGCUACUUCAGUCUGAACAACCCCUUCCUGAAAAGCAAAUAUUGAAUGCCAGCCAACCAGCACAAUGUCCACGGGUUCACAUCUCAGUUAAAAAGGAAACAUGACAGCUCAUGCCUCUCUAGAAUCACUCGCAUUCCCCACGCAGGGAAGUAGUAGCAGACGUCUUGGUGGGCACUGAACACAGCAGAGAAGGUUAUUCACUUAUAAGGACAACAGAUUAACAAUGGAACUGCCAAAAGAAUAUGUAUUCAAAUACAAAGGAUUUUAUUUUGGUCGAGAUACUUCACCUGAGUAUCUAGAUACCCUGGAGGAUUUUGAAAUCAAUGACAGUGAUAUAUUUUUAGCUACUUACCCCAAAUCAGGAACUGUGUGGACUCAGAACAUUUUGAGCUUAAUAUUUUUUGAAGGCCACCGUAAUGGAACAGAAAAUGUGGAAAAUUUAGACAGAAUCCCAUGGCUGGAAUACAAUAUAAAAAAAAAGGAUUAUACAACUCUUCCUUCGCCUCGUAUCUUGGCCACUCACCUGCCUUACUACUUAGUGCCAAGAGGCCUGAGAAACAAAAGAGCACGUAUUAUUUAUAUUACCAGGAACCCUAAGGAUGUUAUGAUUUCUUACUACCACUUUUCCAAAUACAUUAAAACACUAGAGGAAAUCCCAGAUUUAAACAUUUUCAUGGAGAGAUUUUUAUCUGGCAAAGUACUUGCCAGUUCCUGGCUGGAUCAUGUCUCAGGCUGGUUCAGUCAUGCAGAGGACUUCAAUAUACUCUUUCUUACCUAUGAAGAAAUGAAAAAGGAUCUCAGAAGUGCUGUGCUGAAGAUCUGCAACUUCCUAGGCAAGAAACUGAAUGAAGAGGAACUGGACAGUGUUGUGAGACAGGCUACAUUUGAGAACAUGAGAAAAGAUCCCAGGGCAAACUAUGAGAGCCUGCCAGAUGACAUCGUAGAGAGAGAGAAGGGUAGUUUUCUACGAAAAGGCACUGUUGGAGACUGGAAAAACACGAUGACAGUCGCACAGAAUGAAAGGUUUGACAAAGUUCUUGGAGAGAAAAUUAAGACCCUGCCCAUCAAAUUCAUCUGGGAUAUUAACAAUGAAGCGUAGGCUGGUUUUUGCAUUUCAUCACCCUGAGUAGACAUAUCUGAAGUUAUAGAAGAAGAAAAUACAUCCACUUUCAUCUGUGUUAUAAAUACAAUUAUGACGACAACUCAGUCACAAAAUGUGAGUUGUCUGAGGAACCUAUUCAAUUCCACCAGUUUCCCAUUUGUUAUUUUACAAGGUAUUUUAAUUAACUUACUUAGUAAACUGACUUUCUUCAUGUUUGUUUUUACUUUCAUUGGUUUUAAUAAUAAAAGGGUUUUAGACGACAAAAUGAGGAUAGAUUGGUGCUUCUAAAAACUUCCUGAAAAUUGUUUCCCUUGUGCAUUUUGUGAGACUUCUUUUGGUACAACCUUCAAUGUCCAAACUGGAUGUAAGAUUGACCAGCUGUGGUGUGGUUAUGCUUUGACAUGUUUGAGUUCCUAUUUCCAUGGUAAACAUUGAUACUCAACCAUCUGC